AUGCACCCAGUGAACAGUGAAGUUGUCAUACGUCUCGCUCAUCAAAUCAGUAAAAACUACUCUGUCUCUGCGCCGUUAUAUUGGCAGCAAGGUGAUCCUUCUCGACCAUUCCCUACUGAGCCAGAAUUUCGAGCAUCAGCACUGGCAGCGCCGAGGACUAAUCCGCCAGUGGUGCCUCCUGCUUUCAGCUUGCUUCGACAACAACAUCCUACCGCAGGUGGUAUGGGACGUGUUUCAUCACCGAUGACAGGGAUGCCUCAGAUGCCAGUUCAAGGGAAAGUGUGGAGUCCAAGAACAGGGUAUAUUUACGCUAGAUGA